AUGUUUGUAUGUAUGUAUGUGUUUCGCUUUCUGUCUGUCUGUCUGUCUAUCUAUCUAUCUAUCUAUCUAUCUAUCUGUCAGAUUCUUUUACACUUUGCACGAGUAUCUUUCUUUAAUUCUAUUCUCAAUUCAUGUGAGAAUCUAUUACCGCUUGCAGAAUCUAUUAACCGCUUGCAGAAUCUAUUACCGCUUUCCACGUUUAUCCUCCAUUCAUUCACUUCUCUUUUCAUGACAGAUUCUUUUACGCUUUGCAGGUUUAUCCUCCUUUCAGCCUCUUUUCUUUUUAUGACAGAUUCUUUUACCCUCUGCAGAUUCUUUCACUCUUUGCAGGUUUAUCCUCCUUUCAGCCUCUUUUCUUUUUAUGACAGAUUCUUUUACCCUCUGCAGGUUUAUCCUCCUUUCAGCAUUUUUUCUUUUUAUGACAGAUUCUUUUACCCUCUGCAGGUUUAUCCUCCUUUCAGCCUCUUUUCUUUUUAUGACAGAUUCUUUUACCCUAUGCAGGUUUAUCCUCCUUUCAGCCUCUUUUCUUUUUAUGACAGAUUCUUUUACCCUCUGCAGGUUUAUCCUCCUUUCAGCAUCUUUCUUUUUAUGACAGAUUCUUUUACCCUCUGCAGGUUUAUCCUCCUUUCAGACUCAUUUCUUUUUAUGACAGAUUCUUUUACCCACUGCAAGUUUAUCCUCCUUUCAGCCUCUUUUCUUUUUAUGACAGAUUCUUUUACCCUCUGCAGGUUUAUCCUCCUUUCAGCAUUUUUUCUUUUUAUGACAGAUUCUUUCACCCUUUGCAGGUUUAUCCUCCUUUCUUUUUAUGACAGAUUCUUUUACCCUCUGCAGGUUUAUCCUCCUUUCAGCAUUUUUCUUUUUAUGACAGAUUCUUUCACCCUUUGCAGGUUUAUCCUCCUUUCAGCCUCUUUUCUUUUUAUGACAGAUUCUUUUACCCUCUGCAGGUUUAUCCUCCUUUCAUUAUUUUUUCUUUUUAUGACAGAUUAUUUCACCCUUUGCAGGUUUAUCCUCCUUUCUUUUUAUGACAGAUUCUUUUACCCUCUGCAGCAUUUUUUUCUUUUUAUGUCAGAUUCUUUUCACCCUCUGCAGGUUUAUCCUCCCUUUCAGCCUCUUUUCUUUUAUGACAGAUUCUUUUUACCCUCUUGCAGGUUUAUCCUCCUUUCAGCAUUUUUUCUUUUUAUGACAGAUUCUUUCACCCUUUGCAGGUUUAUCCUCCUUUUUUUUAUGACAGAUUCUUUUACCCUCUGCAGGUUUAUCCUCCUUUCAGCAUUUUUUCUUUUUAUGACAGAUUCUUUCACCCUCUGCAGGUUUAUCCUCCUUUCAGCCUCUUUUCUUUUUAUGACAGAUUCUUUUACCCUCUGCAGGUUUAUCCUCCUUUCAGCAUUUUUUCUUUUUAUGACAGAUUCUUUCACCCUCUGCAGGUUUAUCCUCCUUUCAGCCUCUUUUUUUUAUGACAGAUUCUUUUACCCCUGCAGGUUUUCCUUUCAGCAUUUUUUCUUUUUUUAUGACAGAUUCUUUUACCCUCUGCAGGUUUAUCCUCCUUUCAGCCUUUUUUCUUUUUAUGACAGAUUCUUUUACCCUCUGCAGAUUCUUUUACCCUCUGCAGGUUUAUCCUCCUUUCAGCCUUUUUCUUUUUUUGACAGAUUCUUUUACCCUCUGCAGGUUUAUCCUCCUUUCAGCCUCUUUUCUUUUUAUGACAGAUUCUUUUACCCUCUGCAGGUUUAUCCUCCUUUCAGCAUUUUUUCUUUUUAUGACAGAUUCUUUUACCCUCUGCAGAUUCUUUUACCCUUCUGCAGUUUUCCUCCUUUUCCUUUUUUCUUUUAUGACAGAUUCUUUCACCCAGAUUCUUUUACCCUCCAGGUUUAUCCUCCUUUCAUCCUCUUUUUUUUUUAUGACAGAUUCUUUUACCCUCUGCAGAUUCUUUUUACCCCUGCAGGUUUAUCCUCCUUUCAGCAUUUUUUUUUUUAUGUCAGAUUCUUUUACCCUCUGCAGGUUUAUCCUCCUUUCAGCCUGUUUUCUUUUUAUGACAGAUUCUUUUACCCUCUGCAGAUUCUUUUCACCCUUUGCAGGUUUAUCCUUUCAUUUUUUUUUUAUGACAGAUUCUUUUUACCCUCUGCAGGUUUAUCCUCCUUUCAGCAUUUUUCUUUUUAUGACAGAUUCUUUUCACCCUUUGCAGGUUUAUCCUCCUUUCAGCAUUUUUUUCUUUUUAUGACAGAUUCUUUUUACCCUCUGCAGAUUCUUUUACCCUCUGCAGGUUUAUCCUCCUUUCAGCAUUUUUUUUCUUUUUAUGACAGAUUCUUUCACCCUCUGCAGGUUUAUCCUCCUUUCAGCAUUUUUUCUUUUUAUGACAGAUUCUUUUCACCCUCUGCAGGUUUAUCCUCCUUUCAUCCUUUCAGCCUUUUUCUUUUUAUGACAGAUUCUUUUUACCCUCUGCAGAUUCUUUUCACCCUUUGCAGGUUUAUCAUCCUUUCUUUUUAUGACAGAUUCUUUUACCCACUGCAGGUUUAUCCUCCUUUCAGCAUUUUUUCUUUUUAUGACAGAUUCUUUUACCCUCUGCAGGUUUAUCCUCCUUUCUUUUUUUUUUAUGACAGAUUCUUUUACCCUCUGCAGGUUUAUCCUCCUUUCAGCAUUUUUUAUUUUAUGACAGAUUCUUUCACCCUUUUCAGGUUUAUCCUCCUUUCUUUUUAUGACAGAUUCUUUUACCCUCUGCAGGUUUAUCCUCCUUUCAGCAUUUUUUCUUUUUAUGAAAGAUUCUUUCACCCUUUGCUGGUUUAUCCUCCUUUCAGCCUCUUUUCUUUUUAUGACAGAUUCUUUUACCCUCUGCAGAUUCUUUCACCCUUUGCAUUUUUCUUUUAUCCCUUGCAGGUUUUUUUUUUUUAUGACAGAUUCUUUUACCCUUUGCAGGUUUAUCCUCCUUUCAGCAUUUUUUCUUUUUAUGACAGAUUCUUUCACCCUUUGCAGAUUCUUUCACCUUUGCAGGUUUAUCCUCCUUUCAGCCUCUUUUCUUUUUAUGACAGAUUCUUUUUACCCUCUGCAGGUUUUAUCCUCCUUUCAGCAUUUUUUCUUUUUAUGACAGAUUCUUUCACCCUUUGCAGGUUUAUCCUCCUUUCAUUUUUUUUUUAUGACAGAUUCUUUUACCCUUUGCAGAUUCUUUUUACCCUCUGCAGGUUUAUCCUCCUUUCAGCAUUUUUUUUUUUUAUGACAGAUUCUUUCACCCUUUGCAGGUUUAUCCUCCUUUCUUUUUAUGACAGAUUCUUUUACCCUCUGCAGAUUCUUUUACCCUCUGCAGGUUUAUCCUCCUUUCAGCAUUUUUUCUUUUUUAUGACAGAUUUUUACCCUUUGCAGGUUUAUCCUCCUUUCAGCCUUUUCUUUUUUAUAAUUCUUUUACCCUCUGCAUGUUUAUCUUCCCUUUCAUUUUUUUACCCUUUGCAGGUUUAUCCUCCUUUUCAGCAUUUUUCUUUUUAUGACAGAUUCUUUUUCUUUUACCCUUUGCAGGUUUAUCCUCCUUUCUUUUUUUUUUUUAUGACAGAUUCUUUUACCCUCUCUGCAGGUUUAUCCUCCUUUCAGCAUUUUCUUUUUUACAGAUUCUUUCACCCUUUGCAGGUUUAUCCUCCUUUCAGCCUUUUUUUUUUUAUGACAGAUUCUUUUUACCCUCUGCAGGUUUAUCCUCCUUUCAGCAUUUUUCUUUUUGACAGAUUCUUUCACCCUUUGCAGGUUUAUCCUCCUUUCAGCAUUUUUUCUUUUAUGACAGAUUCUUUCACCCUUUGCAGGUUUAUCCUCCUUUCAGCCUCUUUUUCUUUUUUUGACAGAUUCUUUUUUUCAGACCUCUGCAGGUUUAUCCUCCUUUCAGCAUUUUUUUCUUUUUAUGACAGAUUCUUUUUACCCUCUGCAGGUUUAUCCUCCUUUCAGCCUUUUCUUUUUAUGACAGAUUCUUUUACCCUUUGCAGGUUUAUCCUCCUUUUCAGCAUUUUUCUUUUUAUGACAGAUUCUUUUACCCUCUGCAGAUUCUUUCACCCUUUGCAGGUUUUAUCCUUUCCUUUUCUUUUUUAUGACAGAUUCUUUUUACCCUCUGCAGAUUCUUUCACCCUUUGCAGGUUUAUCCUCCUUUCCUCCUUUUCUUUUUUUUUUAUGACAGAUUCUUUUUACCCUCUGCAGGUUUAUCCUCCUUUCAGCAUUUUUUCUUUUUAUGACAGAUUCUUUCACCUUUUUCAGGUUGACAGAUUCUUCACAGAUUCUUUACCCCUCUGCAGGUUUAUCCUCCUUUUCUUUUUUUUUAUCACAGAUUCUUUUUACCCUCUGCAGAUUCUUUCACCCUUUGCAGGUUUAUCCUCCUUUCCUUUUUUUCUUUUUAUGACAGAUUCUUUUACCCUCUGCAGGUUUAUCUUCCUUUCAGCAUUUUUUUUUCUUUUUUAUGACAGAUUCUUUCACCCUUUGCAGAUUCUUUUUACCCUCUGCAGGUUUAUCCUCCUUUCAGCUUUUUUUUUUAUGACAGAUUCUUUCACCCUUUGCAGGUUUAUCCUCCUUUCUUUUUAUGACAGAUUCUUUUACCCUCUGCAGAUUCUUUUUACCCUGCAGGUUUAUCCUCCUUUCAGCAUUUUUUUCUUUUAUGACAGAUUCUUUUUACCCUCUGCAGGUUUAUCCUCCUUUCACCAUUUUUCUUUUUAUGACAGAUUCUUUUACCCUCUGCAGAUUCUUUUUACCCUUUGCAGGUUUCCUCCUUUCCAUUUUUCUUUUUAUGACAGAUUCUUUUACCCUUUGCAGAUUCUUUUACCCUCUGCAGGUUUAUCCUCCUUUCAUGACAGUUUUUUUUUCCUCUGGUUUUUUUUUAUGACAGAUUAUGACAGAUUUUUUACCCUCUGCAGGUUUAUCCUCCUUUUCAGCAUUUUUUCUUUUUAUGACAGAUUCUUUCACCCUUUGCAGAUUCUUUUACCCUCUGCAGGUUUAUCCUCCUUUCAGCAUUUUUUUUUUAUGACAGAUUCUUUCACCCUUUGCAGGUUUAUCCUCCUUUCUUUUUAUGACAGAUUCUUUUACCCACUGCAGGUUUAUCCGCCUUUCAGCAUUUUUUCUUUUUAUGACAGAUUCUUUUACCCUCUGCAGGUUUAUCCUCCUUUCAGCAUCCUUUUUUCUUUUUAUGACAGAUUCUUUUACCCUUUUCAGGUUUUCCUCCUUUCAGCAUUUUUUUUUUUUAUGACAGAUUCUUUUACCCCUUUGCAGGUUUAUCCUCCUUCAGCCUUUUUUCUUUUUAUGACAGAUUCUUUCACCCUUUGCAGGUUUAUCCUCCUUUCAGCCUCUUUUCUUUUUAUGACAGAUUCUUUUACCCUCUGCAGGUUUAUCCUCCUUUCAGCCUCUUUUCUUUUUAUGACAGAUUCUUUUACCCUCUGCAGGUUUAUCCUCCUUUCAGCAUUUUUUCUUUUUAUGACAGAUUCUUUCACCCUUUGCAGGUUUAUCCUCCUUUCUUUUUAUGACAGAUUCUUUUACCCUCUGCAGGUUUAUCUUCCUUUCAGCAUUUUUUCUUUUAUGACAUUCUUUUCACCCUGCAGGUUUUUCUUUCAGCCUUUUCUUUUUAUGACAGAUUUUUUUACCCUCUGCAGGUUUUAUUUUUUCAGCAUUUUUUUUUUUUUUCAGCAGAUUCUUUUACCCACUGCAGGUUUAUCCUCCUUUCAGCAUUUUUCUUUUUUUUAUGACAGAUUCUUUUCACCCUCUGCAGGUUUAUCCUCUUUUUCAGCAUUUUUUUUUUCUUUUUAUGACAGAUUCUUUUACCCUCUGCAGGUUUAUCCUCCUUUCAGCUUUUUUUUCUUUUUUAUGACAGAUUCUUUUCACCCUUUGCAGGAUUCUUUUUUUUUACCUUUGCAGGUUUAUCCUCCUUUCAGCCUUUUUUCUUUUUAUGACAGAUUCUUUUUACCCUCUGCAGGUUUAUCCUCCUUUUCAGCAUUUUUUUUUUUUUUUUACCUUGACAGAUUCUUUUAUGACCUCUGCAGGUUUAUCCUCCUUUCAGCAUUUUUUUUUUAUGACAGAUUCUUUCACCCUUUGCAGAUUCUUUUACCCUUUGCAUUUUCUUUUUUUUCCUUUCAGCCUCUUUUUUUUUAUGACAGAUUCUUUUACCCUCUGCAGGUUUAUCCUCCUUUCAGCAUUUUUUCUUUUUUUAUGACAGAUUCUUUUACCCUUUGCAGGUUUAUCCUCCUUUCAGCCAUUUUUCUUUUUUAUGACAGAUUCUUUCACUCUUUGCAGGUUUAUCCUCCUUUCAGCAUUUUUCUUUUUAUGACAGAUUCUUUUACCCUCUGCAAGGUUUUCCUUUCAUUUUUUUUUUUUAUGACAGAUUCUUUUCACCUUCUGCAGGUUUUUAUCCUCUUUUUUCUUUUUCUUGACAGAUUCUUUUUUCAGGUUUAUCCUCCUUUUUCUUUUUAUUUGACAGAUUCUUUUACCCUUGCAGAUUCUUUUACCCUCUGCAGGUUUAUCCUCCUUUCAGCCUUUUUUCUUUUUUAUGACAGAUUCUUUCACCCUUUGCAGGUUUAUCCUCCUUUCCUUUUUUCUUUUUAUGACAGAUUCUUUUUUACCCUCUGCAGGUUUAUCCUCCAGCCUCUUUUUUUUUAUGACAGAUUCUUUUUUACCCCUCUGCAGAUCUGCAGGUUUCUUUUCAGCCCCUCUGCAGGUUUAUCCUCCUUUCAGCAUUUUUCUUUUUAUGACAGAUUCUUUCACCUUUGCAGGUUUAUCCUCCUUUCAGCCUCUUUUUUUUUUAUGACAGAUUCUUUUUACCCUCUGCAGAUUCUUUUUUACCCUCUGCAGGUUUAUCCUCCUUUCAGCAUUUUUCUUUUUUAUGACAGAUUCUUUCACCCUUUUCAGGUUUAUCCUCCUUUCUUUUUCUUUUUUAUGACAGAUUCUUUUACCUUCUGCAGGUUUAUCCUCCUUUCAGCAUUUUUUUUCAGACAGAUUCUUUCACCCUUUGCAGGUUUAUCCUCCUUUCAGCCUUUUUCUUUUUAUGACAGAUUCUUUUACCCUCUGCAGAUUCUUUUCACCCUCUGCAGGUUUAUCCUCUUUUUUUAUGACAGAUUUUUUCCUUUGCAUUCUUUUCACAUUUUUUCUUUUUAUUUCAGAUUCUUUUCACCCUCUGCAGGUUUAUCCUCCUUUCCUUUUUCUUUUUAUGACAGAUUCUUUUACCCUCUGCAGAUUCUUUUUCCCCUUUUCAGGUUUAUCCUCCUUUCAACAUUUUUUCUUUUUAUGACAGAUUCUUUUCACCCUUUUGCAGGUUUAUCCUCCUUUUCAGCCAUUUUUUUUCUUUUUUAUGACAGAUUCUUUUACCCUCUGCAGGUUUAUCCUCCUUUCAGCAUUUUUUUUUUUUAUGACAGAUUCUUUUCACCCUUUGCAGGUUUAUCCUCCUUUCUUUUUUAUGACAGAUUCUUUUUACCCUCUGCAGGUUUAUCCUCCUUUCAGCAUUUUUUCUUUUAUGACAGAUUCUUUCACUUUUGCAGGUUUAUCCUCCUUUCUUUUUUUUUUUAUGACAGAUUCUUUUACCCUCUGCAGGUUUAUCCUCCUUUCACCCUUUGCAUUUUUUUCAGCCUCUUUUUUUUUUAUGAGAUUCUUUCACCCUCUGCAGGUUUAUCCUCCUUUCAGCUUUUUUUUUUUUAUGACAGAUUCUUUUUACCCUCUGCAGGUUUAUCCUCCUUUUCAGCAUUUUUUUUUUUUUAUGACAGAUUCUUUUACCCUCUGCAGAUUCUUUUACCCACUGCUGGUUUAUCCUCCUUUCAGCCUUUUUUCUUUUUUUAUGACAGAUUCUUUCACCCUCUGCAGGUUUAUCCUCCUUUCAGCAUUUUUUUCUUUUUUAUGACAGAUUCUUUUUUACCCUCUGCAGAUUCUUUCACCCUUUGCAGGUUUAUCCUCCUUUCUUUUUUUGACAGAUUCUUUUACCCUCUGCAGAUUCUUUCACCUCUGCAGUUUAUCCUCCUUUCAGCCUUUUUUCUUUUUUAUGACAGAUUCUUUUACCCUCUGCAGAUUCUUUCACCCUUUGCAGGUUUAUCCUCCUUUCUUUUUAUGACAGAUUCUUUUACCCACUGCAGGUUUAUCCUCCUUUCAGCAUUUUUUCUUUUUAUGACAGGUUCUUUCACCCUUUGCAGGUUUUCUCCUCCUUUCAGCCUCUUUUCUUUUUAUGACAGAUUCUUUUACCCUCUGCAGAUUCUUUUACCCUUUGCAGGUUUAUCCUCCUUUCCUUUUUUUUCUUUUUAUGACAGAUUCUUUUACCCUCUGCAGAUUCUUUUACCCUCUGCAGGUUUAUCCUCCUUUCAGCCUUUUUUUUUUUAUGACAGAUUCUUUUACCCUCUGCAGGUUUAUCCUCCUUUCAGCCUUUUUUCUUUUUAUGACAGAUUCUUUUUUACCUCUGCAGGUUUAUCCUCCUUUCAGUUUUUUUUCUUUAUGACAGAUUCUUUUCACCCUCUGCAGGUUUAUCCUCCUUUCAGCCUUUUUUCUUUUUAUGACAGAUUCUUUUUACCCUCUGCAGGUUUAUCCUCCUUUCAGCAUUUUUUCUUUUUUAUGACAGAUUCUUUUCUUUUAUCCCCUUUUCUGCAGAUUUUUUAUCCUCCUUUGUAUUUUUCUUUUUAUGACAGAUUCUUUCACCCUCUGCAGGUUUAUCCUCCUUUCAGCCAUUUUUCUUUUUAUGACAGAUUCUUUUACCCCUCUGCAGGUUUAUCCUCCUUUCAGCCUCUCCUUUUCUUUUUUUAUGACAGAUUCUUUUACCCUCUGCAGAUUCUUUCACCUCUGCAGGUUUAUCCUCCUUUCAGCAUUUUUUCUUUUUAUGACAGAUUCUUUUCCCUCUGCAGAUUUAUCCUCCUUUCAGCAUUUUUUUUUUUUAUGACAGAUUAUUUCACUAUUUGCAGGUUUAUCAUCCUUUCUUUUUAUGACAGAUUCUUUUACCCACUGCAGGUUUAUCCUCCCUUUCAGCAUUUUUUCUUUUUUAUGACAGAUUCUUUUACCCUUUGCAGGUUUAUCCUCCUUUCAGCCUCUUUUUUUUUUUAUGACAGAUUCUUUUUUACCCUCUGCAGGUUUAUCCUCCUUUCAGCAUUUUUUUCUUUUUAUGACAGAUUCUUUCACCCUUUUCAGGUUUAUCCUCCUUUCAGCAUUUUUCUUUUUAUGACAGAUUCUUUCACCCUUUGCUGGUUUAUCCUCCUUUCAGCCUCUUUUCUUUUUUAUGACAGAUUCUUUUACCCUCUGCAGGUUUAUCCUCCUUUCCUCUUUUCUUUUAUGACAGAUUCUUUUGCAGGUUUUAUCCUCCUUUCUGCAUUUUUCUUUUUGACAGAAUUCUUUUCACCUCUGCAGGUUUAUCUCCUUUCAGCCCUUUUUUAUGACAGAUUCUUUUACCCUCUGCAGGUUUAUCCUUAUCCUCUUUUUUUUUUUAUGACAGAUUUUUUACCCUCUUUUCUUUUUAUGACAGAUUCUUUUUUACCCUCUGCAGAUUCUUUUCACCCUCUGCAGGUUUAUCCUCCUUUCAGCAUUUUUCUUUUUUAUGACAGAUUCUUUUCACCCUUUGCAGGUUUAUCCUCCUUUCAGCCUCUUUUCUUUUUUAUGACAGAUUCUUUUUACCCACUGCAGGUUUAUCCUCCUUUCAGCAUUUUUUCUUUUUAUGACAGAUUCUUUCACCCUUUGCAGAUUCUUUUACCCUCUGCAGGUUUAUCCUCCUUUCAGCAUUUUUUUUCUUUUUAUGACAGAUUCUUUUCACCCUUUGCAGGUUUAUCCUCCUUUCAUCCUCUUUUCUUUUUUUAUGACAGAUUCUUUUACCCUCUGCAGAUUCUUUUACCCUCUGCAGGUUUAUCCUCCUUUUUUUUUCUUUUUAUGACAGAUUCUUUUUACCCCUCUGCAGGUUUAUCCUCCUUUCAGCCUCUUUUUCAUUUUUUUUUUAUGACAGAUUCUUUUACCUCUGCAGAUUCUUUCACAGGUAUAUCCUCCUUUUCAGCAUUUUUUCUUUUAUCCUCCUUCUUUUUUUUUAUGACAGAUUCUUUUACCCCUUGCAGCAUUUUUUUCUUUUUAUCCUCCUUUCAGCAUUUUUCUUUUUAUGACAGAUUCUUUUACCCUUUGCAGGUUUAUCCUCCUUUCAGCAUUUUUCUUUUUAUGACAGAUUCUUUUACCCUCUGCAGGUUUAUCCUCCUUUCAGCCUCUUUUCUUUUUAUGACAGAUUCUUUUACCCUCUGCAGGUUUAUCCUCCUUUCAGCAUUUUUUCUUUUUAUGACAGAUUCUUUCACCCUUUGCAGGUUUAUCCUCCUUUCAGCCUUUUUUCUUUUUAUGACAGAUUCUUUUUCACCCUCUGCAGGUUUAUCCUCCUUUCAGCCUCUUUUUUUUUAUGACAGAUUCUUUUACCUCUGCAGGUUUAUCCUCCUUUCAGCAUUUUUUUCUUUUUAUGACAGAUUCUUUUUUUCACCCUUUGCAGGUUUAUCCUCCUUUUUUUUUUAUGACAGAUUCUUUUUACCCUCUGCAGAUUCUUUUACCCUCUGCAGGUUUAUCUUCCUUUCCCAUUUUUUUUUUAUGACCUUUUUUUCUGCAGGUUUAUUCCAUUUUUUUCUUUUCAGAUUCUUUUUUUAUGACAGAUUCUUUUUACCCUCUGCAGGUUUAUCCUCCUUUCAGCAUUUUUUUUUUUAUGACAGAUUCUUUCACCCUUUGCAGGUUUAUCCUCCUUUCUUUUUUUAUGACAGAUUCUUUUUUACCCCUCUGCAGAUUCUUUCACCCUCUGCAGGUUUAUCCUCCUUUCAGCAUUUUUUUUUUUAUGACAGAUUCUUUUACCCUCUGAAGGUUUAUCCUCCAGAUUCUUUCAGCAUUUUUUCUUUUUAUGACAGAUUAUUUCACCCUUUGCAGGUUUAUCCUCCUUUCUGCAUUUUUUCUUUUUAUGACAGAUUCUUUUACCCUCUGCAGGUUUAUCCUCCUUUCAGCAUUUUUUUUUUUGACAGAUUCUUUCACCCUCUGCAGGUUUAUCAUCCUUUCAGGGCAUUUUUUUUUUUCUUUUCACUAUUUGCAGGUUUAUUCUUUCAGAUUCUUUUACCAGGUUAUUUUUCUUUUUUUCUUUUGCAGGUUUAUCCUCCUUUCAGGUUUAUUUUCUUUUUUAUGACAGAUUCUUUUUCACCCUCUGCAGGUUUUAUCCUCCUUUCAGCCUCUUUUCUUUUUAUGACAGAUUCUUUUACCCUCUGCAGGUUUAUCCUCCUUUUCAGCAUUUUUUUUUCUUUUUAUGACAGAUUCUUUCACUUUUUUUGCAGGUUUAUCCUCCUUUUCUUUUCUUUUUAUGACAGAUUCUUUUUUACCCUCUGCAGGUUUAUCCUCCUUUCAGCCUUUUUUCUUUUUGUAAGAUUCUUUUACACCUCUGCAGAUUCUUUUACCCUCUGCAGGUUUAUCCUCCUUUCAGAAUUUUUUCUUUUUAUGACAGAUUCUUUCAACAUUUGCAGGUCUAUCCUCCUUUCAGCCUCUUUUCUUUUUAUGACAGAUUCUUUUACCCUCUGCAGGUUUAUCCUCCUUUCAGCAUUUUUUCUUUUUAUGACAGAUUCUUUCACCCUUUGCAGGUUUAUCCUCCUUUCUUUUUAUGACAGAUUCUUUUACCCUCUGCAGGUUUAUCCUCCUUUCAGCAUUUUUUCUUUUUAUGACAGAUUCUUUCACCCUCUGCAGGUUUAUCCUCCUUUCAGCCUCUUUUCUUUUUAUGACAGAUUCUUUUACCCUCUGCAGAUUCUUUUACCCCCAGGUUUCUCUCUUUCUUUUAUCCUUUUUCAGGUUUAUCCUCCUUUCAGCAUUUUUUUUAUGACAGAUUCUUUCACCCUUUUCAGGUUUAUCCUCCUUUUUUUUUUUAUGACAGAUUCUUUUACCCUCUGCAGGUUUAUCCUCCUUUCAGCAUUUUUUCUUUUUUAUGACAGAUCCUUUCUCCCUUUGCAGGUUUAUCCUCCUUUCAGCCUCUUUUCUUUUUAUGACAGAUUCUUUUACCCUCUGCAGAUUCUUUCACCCUCUGCAGGUUUAUUCUCCUUUCUUUUUAUGACAGAUUCUUUUACCCACUGCAGGUUUAUCCUCCUUUCAGCAUUUUUUCUUUUUAUGACAGAUUCUUUCACCCUUUUCAGGUUUAUCCUCCUUUCUUUUUAUGUCAGAUUCUUUUACCUUCUCCAGAUUCUUUCACCCUCUGCAGGUUUAUCCUCCUUUCUGCAUUUUUCUUUUUUUGACAGAUUCUUUUACCCUCUGCAGGUUUAUCCUCCUUUCAGCCUCAUUUCUUUUUAUGACAGAUUCUUUUACCCUCUGCAGGUUUAUCCUCCUUUUUUUUUUUCUUUUUUUCACCCUUUGACAGAUUCUUUUACCCUCUGCAGGUUUAUCCUCCUUUCAGCAUUUUUUUCUUUUUAUGACAGAUUUUUUCACCUUUUCAGAUUCUUUUACCCUCUGCAGGUUUUAUCCUCCUUUCAGCCUUUUUUUCUUUUUUAUGACAGAUUCUUUUACCCUCUGCAGGUUUAUUCUUUUCACCCUUUUAACUUUGCAGGUUUAUCCUCCUUUCCUCCUUUUCUUUUUUAUGACAGAUUCUUUUACCCUUUGCAGAUUCUUUCACCCUUUGCAGGUUUAUCCUCCUUUCAGCCUCUUUUUUUUUUUUAUGACAGAUUCUUUUACCCUCUGCAGGUUUAUCCUGACAGAUUCUUUUAUUUUAUGCAGGUUUAUCCUCCUUUCAGCUUUUUUUUUUCUUUUUAUGACAGAUUCUUUCACCCUUUGCAGGUUUAUCCUCCUUUCAGCAUUUUUUUUUCUUUUUAUGACAGAUUGCUUAUCCUCCUUUCUCAUUUUUUCUUUUUUUUGACAGAUCUUUUUCACCCUUGCAGGUUUAUUUCCAUUUUUCUUUUUAUGACAGAUUCUUUUACCUCUGCAGGUUUAUCCGCCUUUCAGCAUUUUUUUCUUUUUAUGACAGAUUCUUUUCACAUUCUGCAGGUUUUCCUCCUUUCAGCCUCUUUUCUUUUUAUGACAGAUUCUUUUUUACCCUCUGCAGGUUUAUCCUCCUUUCAGCAUUUUUCUUUUUAUGACAGAUUCUUUCACCUUUGCAGGUUUAUCCUCCUUUCUUUUUUUAUGACAGAUUUUUUACCUCUGCAGGUUUAUCCUCCUUUCAGCAUUUUUUUUUUCUUUUUUAUAGCAGAUUCUUUCACCCCUUUUUGCGGUUUAUCCUCCUUUCAGCCUCUUUUCUUUUUUUUGACAGAUUCUUUUACCCUCUGCAGGUUUAUCCUCCUUUCAGCAUUUUUUUUUUUUAUGACAGAUUCUUUUUCACCCUUUGCAGGUUUAUCCUCCAUUUUUUCUUUUUAUGACAGAUUCUUUUUUACCCUCUGCAGGUUUAUCCUCUUUCAGCAUUUUUUUUCUUUUUAUGACAGAUUUUUUCACCCUCUGCAGGUUUUAUCCUCCUUUCAGCCUCUUUUCUUUUUUAUGACAGAUUCUUUUUUACCCUCUGCAGGUUUAUCCGCCUUUCAGCAUUUUUUUCUUUUUUAUGACAGAUUCUUUUACCCUCUGCAGAUUCUUUCACCCUUUGCAGGUUUAUCCUCCUUUCUUUUUAUGACAGAUUCUUUUACCCUCUGCAGGUUUAUCCUCCUUUCAGCAUUUUUUCUUUUUAUGGCAGAUCUUUUCUCCUUUGCAGGUUUAUCCUCCUUUCAGCCUUUUUCUUUUUAUGAUAGAUUCUUUUUACCCUCUGCAGGUUUAUCCUCCUUUCAGCAUUUUUUUUUUAUGACAGAUUCUUUCACCCUCUGCAGGUUUAUUCUCCUUUCUUUUUAUGACAGAUUCUUUUACCCUGCAGGUUUUAUCCUCCUUUUUCAGCAUUUUUUCUUUUUUAUGACAGAUUCUUUCACCCUCUGCAGGUUUUAUCCUCCUUUCAGCCUUUUUUCUUUUUACAGACAGAUUCUUUUUUACCCUCUGCAGAUUCUUUCACCCUUUGCAGGUUUAUCCUCUCUUUUUUUUUAUGACAGAUUCUUUUACCCUCUGCAGGUUUAUCCUCCUUUCAGCAUUUUUUUUUUUUUUUAUGAUGAUUCUUUCACCCUUUGCAGGUUUAUCUCCUCCUCUCUUUUUACUUUUUAUGACAGAUUCUUUUACCCUCUGCAGGUUUAUCCUCCUUUCAGCAUUUUUUCUUUUUAUGACAGAUUCUUUCACCCUUUUCAGGUUUAUCCUCCUUUCAGCCUCUUUUUUUUUUAUGUCAGAUUCUUUUACCUUCUCCAGAUUCUUUCACCCUCUGCAGGUUUAUCCUCCUUUCAGCCUUUUUUUCUUUUUAUGACAGAUUCUUUUACCCUCUGCAGGUUUAUCCUCCUUUCAGCAUUUUUUUUUCUUUUUUUGACAGAUUCUUUUCACCUUUCAGGUUUAUCCUCCUUUCAGCCUUUUUUUUUUAUGACAGAUUCUUUUACCCUCUGCAGGUUUAUCCUCCUUUCAGCAUUUUUUUUUUUUUAUGACAGAUUCUUUUACCUUUGCAGGUUUAUCCUCCUUUCUUUUUUUAUGACAGAUUCUUUUUACCCUCUGCAGGUUUAUCCUCCCUUCAGCAUUUUUUUUUUUUUACAGAUUCUUUCACCCUCUGCAGGUUUAUCCUCCUUUCAGCCUCUUUCUUUUUAUGACAGAUUCUUUUUUACCCUCUGCAGGUUUAAUCCUCCUUUCAGCCUUUUUGACAGAUUCUUUUCACCUUUGCAGAUUUUUCUUUUUUAUGACAGAUUCUUUUACCCUCUGCAGGUUUAUCCUCCUUUCAGCAUUUUUCUUUUUAUGACAGAUUCUUUCACCUUUGCAGGUUUAUCCUCCUUUUCUUUUAUCAGAUUCUUUUACCCUUUGCAGAUUCUUUUACCCUCUGCAGGUUUAUCCUCCUUUUUUUUUUUUCUUUUUAUGACAGAUUCUUUUACCCUCUGCAGGUUUAUCCUCCUUUCAGCUUUUUUUUUUCUUUUUAUGACAGAUUCUUUUCACCCUUUGCAGGUUUAUCCUCCUUUCAGACAGAUUCUUUUUUUUUUUUUUAUGACAGAUUCUUUCACCCUUUGCAGGUUUAUCCUCCUUUCAGCCUCUUUUUCUUUUUUCUUUCAGAAUUAUUCUUUUUUUUAUGACAGAUUCUUUCAACAUUUGCAGAUUCUUUUACCCUCUGCAGGUUUAUCCUCCUUUCAGCAUUUUUUCUUUUUUUAUGACAGAUUCUUUUCACCCUUUGCAGGUUUAUCCUCCUUUUUUUUUUAUGACAGAUUCUUUUACCCUCUGCAGAUUCUUUCACCCUCUGCAGGUUUAUCCUCCUUUCAGCCUCUUUUUCUUUUCUUUUUACAUGCACAGAUUCUUUUAGCAUUUUUUUCUGCAGGUUUAUCCAGAUCUUUUUUCAGCAUUUUUUCUUUUUAUGACAGAUUCUUUCACCCUUUGCAGGUUUAUCCUCCUUUCAGCCUCUUUUCUUUUUAUGACAGAUUCUUUUACCCUCUGCAGAUUCUUUCACCCUCUGCAGGUUUAUCCUCCCUUUCAGCCUUUUUUUCUUUUUAUGACAGAUUCUUUUACCCUCUGCAGGUUUAUCCUCCUUUCAGCAUUUUUUUUUUUUUUAUGACAGAUUCUUUUUCACCCUUUGCAGGUUUAUCCUCCUUUCUUUUUUUUUAUGACAGAUUCUUUUACCCUCUGCAGGUUUAUCCUCCUUUCAGCAUUUUUUCUUUUAUGACAGAUUCUUUCACCCUCUGCAGGUUUAUCCUCCUUUCAGCCUCUUUUUCUUUUUAUGACAGAUUCUUUUUACCCUCUGCAGGUUUAUCCUCCUUUCAGCAUUUUUCUUUUUAUGACAGAUUCUUUUUACCCUUUGCAGGUUUAUCCUCCUUUCAGCAUUUUUUUUUUUAUGACAGAUUCUUUUUACCCUCUGCAGGUUUAUCCUCCUUUCAGCAUUUUUUUUUUUUUAUGACAGAUUCUUUUUACCCUCUGCAGGUUUUCCUCCUUUCAGCAUUUUUUUCUUUUAUGACAGAUUCUUUCUACCCCCUUUGCAGGUUUAUCCUCCUUUCAGCCUCUUUUUCUUUUUAUGACAGAUUCUUUUACCCUCUGCAGGUUUAUCCUCCUUUCAGCAUUUUUUUUCUUUUUUAUGACAGAUUCUUUCACCCUUUGCAGGUUUAUCCUCCUUUCAGCAUUUUUUUUUUUUCUUUUCACCCUCUGACAGAUUCUUUUUUUUCACCCUCUGCAGGUUUAUCCUCCUUUCUUUUUAUGACAGAUUCUUUUACCCUCUGCAGGUUUAUCCUCCUUUCAGCAUUUUUCUUUUUUAUGGCAGAUUUUUUUCACCCUUUGCAGGUUUAUCCUCCUUUCAGCCUCUUUUCUUUUUAUGACAGAUUCUUUUACCCUCUGCAGGUUUAUCCUCCUUUCAGCAUUUUUUUCUUUUUUAUGACAGAUUCUUUCACCCUUUUCAGGUUUAUCCUCCUUUCUUUUUAUGACAGAUUCUUUUACCCUCUGCAGGUUUAUCCUCCUUUCAGCAUUUUUUCUUUUUAUGACAGAUUCUUUCACCCUCUGCAGGUUUAUCCUCCUUUUCAGCCUCUUUUUCUUUUUUAUGACAGAUUCUUUUUACCCACUGCAGGUUUAUCCGCCUUUCAGCAUUUUUUUCUUUUUUAUGACAGAUUCUUUCACCUUUGCAGGUUUAUCCUCCCUUUUCUUUUUUCUUUUAUGACAGAUUCUUUUUUUUUUACCCUCUGCAGGUUUAUCCUCCUUUCAGCAUUUUUUUUUCUUUUUAUGACAGAUUCUUUCACCCUUUGCGGGUUUAUCCUCCUUUCAGCCUCUUUUCUUUUUAUGACAGAUUCUUUUUACCCUCUGCAGUAUAUUUAUCCUUUUCAGCAUUUUUUAUCCUCCUUUCAGCAGGUUUUUUUUUCUUUUUAUGACAGAUUCUUUCACCCUUUGCAGGUUUAUCCUCCUUUCAGCAUUUUUUCUUUUUAUGACAGAUUCUUUACCCUCUGCAGGUUUAUCCUCCUUUCAGCCUUUUUUCUUUUUAUGACAGAUUUUUCAGUUUAUCCUCCUCAGCCCUUUUUUAAGGACAGAUUCUUUUUACCCUCUUUUAUCCUCCUUUCAGCAUUUUUUUUUUUUGACAGAACUUUCACCCUUUGUUUAUCCUUUUUCUCUUUUUUUAUGACUGAUUCUUUUACCUCUGCAGGUUUAUCCUCCUUUCAGCCUCUUUCUUUUUAUGACAGAUUCUUUUACCCUCUGCAGGUUUAUCCUCCUUUUCAGCAUUUUUUCUUUUUUAUGACAGAUUCUUUUUACCCUCUGCAGGUUUAUCCUCCUUUUCAGCCUUUUUUCUUUUUUAUGACAGAUUCUUUUACCCUCUGCAGGUUUAUCCUCCUUUCAGCCUCUUUUCUUUUUAUGACAGAUUCUUUUUUACCCUCUGCAGAUUCUUUCACCCUUUGCAGGUUUAUCCUCCUUUCAGCCUCUUUUUCUUUUUAUGACAUCUUUUACCCUCUGAGAUUCUUUUACCCUCUGCAGGUUUAUCCUCCUUUCAGCUUUUUUUUUUUUUUUAUGACAGAUUCUUUUCACCUCUUUGCAGGUUUAUCCUCCUUUUUUUUUUAUGACAGAUUCUUUUACCCUCUGCAGGUUUAUCAUCCUUUCAGCAUUUUUUCUUUUUAUGACAGAUUCUUUCACCCUUUGCAGGUUUAUCCUCCUUUCAGCCUCUUUUCUUUUCAUGACAGAUUCUUUUACCCUCUGCAGAUUCUUUCACCCUCUGCUGGUUUAUUCUCCUUUCUUUUUAUGACAGAUUCUUUUACCCACUGCAGGUUUAUCCGCCUUUCAGCAUUUUUUCUUUUUAUGACAGAUUCUUUCACCCUCUGCAGGUUUAUCCUCCUUUCAGCCUCUUUUCUUUUUAUGACAGAUUCUUUUACCCUCUGCAGGUUUAUCCUCCUUUCAGCAUUUUUUCUUUUUAUGACAGAUUCUUUCACCCUUUGCAGGUUUAUCCUCCUUUCUUUUUAUGACAGAUUUUUUACCCUCUGCAGGUUUAUCCUCCUUUCAGCAUUUUUUCUUUUUAUGGCAGAUUCUUUCACCCUUUGCCGGUUUAUCCUCCUUUCAGCCUCUUUUCUUUUUGUGACAGAUUCUUUUACCCUCUGCAGGUUUAUCCUCCUUUCAGCAUUUUUUCUUUUUAUGACAGAUUCUUUCACCCUUUGCAGGUUUAUCCUCCUUACUUUUUAUGACAGAUUCUUUUUCCCUCUGCAGGUUUAUCCUCCUUUCAGCAUUUUUUCUUUUUAUGACAGAUUCUUUCACCCUCUGCAGGUUUAUCCUCCUUUCAGCCUCUUUUCUUUUUAUGACAGAUUCUUUUACCCACUGCAGGUUUAUCCGCCUUUCAGCAUUUUUUCUUUUUAUGACAGAUUCUUUUACCCUCUGCAGGUUUAUCCUCCUUUCAGCAUUUUUUCUUUUUAUGACAGAUUCUUUCACCCUUUGCAGGUUUAUCCUCCUUUCAGCAUUUUUUCUUUUUAUGGCAGAUCCUUUCUCCCUUUGCAGGUUUAUCCUCCUUUCAGCCUCUUUUCUUUUUAUGACAGAUUCUUUUACCCUCUGCAGAUUCUUUCACCCUCUGCAGGUUUAUUCUCCUUUCUUUUUAUGACAGAUUCUUUUACCCACUGCAGGUUUAUCCGCCUUUCAGCAUUUUUUCUUUUUAUGACAGAUUCUUUCACCCUCUGCAGGUUUAUCCUCCUUUCAGCCUCUUUUCUUUUUAUGACAGAUUCUUUUUACCCUCUGCAGGUUUAUCCUCCUUUCAGCAUUUUUUCUUUUUAUGACAGAUUCUUUCACCCUUGCAGGUUUAUCCUCCUUUUUUUUAUGACAGAUUCUUUUUACCCUCUGCUCCUCCAUUUUUUUCUUUUUUCAGCACCCUUUUUUUUCUUUUUUAUGACAGAUUCUUUCACCCCUCUGCAGAUUCUUUUACCCUUUGCAGGUUUAUUCCUUUUUUUUUAUGACAGAUUCUUUUACCCUCUGCAGGUUUAUCCUCCUUUCAGCAUUUUUUUCUUUUUUAUGACAGAUUCUUUCACCCUCUGCAGGUUUUUCCUUUCAGCCUUUUUUUUUUAUGACAGAUUCUUUUUACCCUCUGCAGAUUCUUUCACCUUUGCAGGUUUAUCCUCCUUUCAGCCUCUUUUUCUUUUUAUGACAGAUUCUUUUACCCUCUGUAGGUUUAUCCUCCUUUCAGCAUUUUUUUUCUUUUUUAUGACAGAUUCUUUUCACCCUUUGCAGGUUUAUCCUCCUUAUUUUUUUAUGACAGAUUCUUUUUUACCCUCUGCAGGUUUAUCCUCCUUUCAGCAUUUUUUUUUCUUUUUUAUGACAGAUUCUUUCACCCUUUGCUGGUUUAUCCUCCUUUCAGCCUCUUUUUCUUUUUAUGACAGAUUCUUUUUACCCACUGCAGGUUUAUCCUCCUUUCAGCAUUUUUCAUUUUUUAUGACAGAUUCUUUCACCCUUUGCAGGUUUAUCCUCCUUUCAGCCUUUUUUCUUUUUAUGACAGAUUCUUUUUUUACCCUCUGCAGGUUUAUCCUCCUUUCAGCAUUUUUUCUUUUUAUGACAGAUUCUUUCACCUUUUGCAGGUUUAUCCUCCUUUCAAAUUCUUUUACCCUCUGCAGGUUUAUCCUCCUUUCAGCAUUUUUUUCUUUUUAUGACAGAUUCUUUCACCCUUUGCAGGUUUAUCCUCCUUUCAGCAUUUUUUUCUUUUUUAUGACAGAUUCUUUUUUACCCUUUGCAGGUUUAUCCUCCUUUCAGCCUCUUUUCUUUUUUAUGACAGAUUCUUUUACCAUUCUUUCACCCUUUGCAGGUUUAUUCUCCUUUCUUUUUAUGACAGAUUCUUUUACCCUCUGCAGGUUUAUCCUCCUUUCAGCCUCUUUUCUUUUUAUGACAGAUUCUUUUACACUCUGCAGGUUUAUCCUCCUUUCAGCAUUUUUUUUUAUGACAGAUUCUUUCACCCUUUUCAGGUGUAUCCUCCUUUCUUUUUAUGACAGAUUCUUUUACCCACUGCAGGUUUAUCCUCCUUUCAGCCUCUUUUCUUUUUAUGACAGAUUCUUUUACCCUCUGCAGAUUCUUUCACCCUUUUCAGGUGUAUCCUCCUUUCUUUUUAUGACAGAUUCUUUUACCCACUGCAGGUUUAUCCUCCUUUCAGCCUCUUUUCUUUUUAUGACAGAUUCUUUUACCCUCUGCAGGUUUAUCCUCCUUUCAGCAUUUUUUCUUUUUCUGAUAGAUUCUUUCACCCUCUGCAGGUUUAUCCUCCUUUCAGCCUCUUUUCUUUUUAUGACUGAUUCUUUCACCCUCUGCAGGUUUAUCCUCCUUUCUUUUUAUGACAGAUUCUUUUACCCACUUCAGGUUUAUCCUCCUUUCAGCAUUUUUUCUUUUUAUGACAGAUUCUUUCACCCUUUGCAGGUUUAUCCUCCUUUCAGCCUCUUUUCUUUUUAUGACAGAUUCUUUUACCCUCUUCAGGUUUAUUCUCCUUUCAGCUUUUUUUCUUUUUAUGACAGAUUCUUUCACUCUUUGCAGGUUUAUCCUCCUUUCUUUUUAUGA